CCUAAUCAUAUCAUUACAAUAUAAUCGUGUUCUCUUGCACAAUCCACAAUGAAUAAACAACCUAAUUUAACUUGUACAAUAUGCGGUGAAAAAGAUUUCCAUCUCAAAGAAGGAUUUUACUAUUGCAAUGAAUGCGGCACAAAAUCUGAACAAGUGCGCGACAUUGAAGUGGAAAGAGCCGAGGACUUUGAUGGUCCUGUUAAACAUAAACAUCAAAUUAAGAUAAAAGAAAAGGGAACAGAUAAACCUGAACUCACAUCUUGGGAAUGUUAUAAUUACAUUCUUCGCGGAAUGGUUGAAGAACUUAUUGAGCUGGGAGCCAAAGAUGAACUCAAACCAAUGGUUUUUCAAAUAUGGGCAGCAUUUUUGAGGAACAGAGAAGUUGCGUUUUUUAGUCGACGCCAUCCUGAAUUGCCUAAAUUAGGAAUACGUUAUGAAAAAAGGGAUGCUGCUAUUCUUUAUAAUCAUGCCAUGAAUCGCCAGAAAGCAAAACGUGAAAGAAAAGAGAAUGGAUCCAAUGCUUCUGGAUCUAAGCGAGAAUGGAAAAGACGAUUGAAAAAAUUGGAUCGAUCGCAAUACGAAGUAUCCAUGUCCCAGUCUAUGUGUUCUCAAUCACUUAUGUCGCAAACAUCAUACACUGACACAAGUUUCAAUUCAUCCGGAUCAGCACCCAGUAAUCGCGCAAUUCAAUUAAAAUUUUCAUCAACAGCAAGGAAGCAGUUAAAAAAAAAGAUCCCUCAAGCGCAUUUAAAGAAACACGAAACCGAUUUCAAUAAAUCCCUCGAAUGCCACAACAUGAGUCUUAAAUUUAAGGAACUUAAAUUUAGAGAUCGCACUAAAGAGUUAAGUUUGAAAUUAGUAUAUGCUAUCCUCGCAGUUGCCCUUAACCUAAUCGAAGAUGACAUUCAAUUAACUGAUUUAUUGAGAUUUGUUUCUGAAGGUCACACAUCCACAUCCAAUCUUCAGCGAUUCUUUCCUUCAGACACAAGUGAAUCUUGCAAAGAAGCUUUAUCAAUCUAUCGUUUAUAUAGUAAGAGUACAGAAUUUGCCGCCGCACAAUUACGAGCGCAGUGUGCACAAGUCGGCAAAGCAAUUAACUUAAAUUACUUUAAAACACCUGAUAUUUUUAAAAUUGUCCAGCGAUACACCACCGAGCUCUGUCUGCCGGAAGAAAUUAAUAAUUUUAUUGAACGAUUGAUUAAUUUACACCCACCCAAAAUGGACUGGGUUGGUCGAGGUACAUCGCCUCCCUACGAAAGUCGUGCCAUGGCCUAUAUUAUUUUUACAUUGAAACUCUUAUUUGGAAUCGAAGGACGCAAAGAAAAGCAGUUAUCGCGUUCAGCUCGUAGAAUCAAUGCAGAAUUGGCCACAAUGGAUCUAGAAAGCUCUCAAGAGCUCUUUGUAUGGGAUGAUUGGGUUGAAUUUAUGGAAUUGAGGAAAGUGGUUCUUUGUAAACAUAAUUUAGCAAUUUGUAAGCAAUUUAAACAAACUCCUUCGAGAGAAAUGUACUUGCAAAAUUUAGAAGAAAAGUCUCAGGAAACUAUCAAUUUGUCCAAGGAUAUGGUCAAAAAGCAAAGAAAUAUGAGCGCCAUUUUUCAACACGUUCUCAACUCAGCUGGCGAUAAAGAAAACAAUGAUGUAGAAACACUCAAUUUUACACCUUCCUUUACACCAUGUCAUAAUUAUUUAAAACGCUUGAAACUAGAUCCAAAAGUUAAUUCAACUUUUCCUCAAAUUUUACAUUUAGAUCAUUCGAAACGUUCUCUUAUUCCAUUUCUUAAGCCUAAAAUAUUAAAAGAAACUUUCUCCAAAUGCGAUAAAAAGCUUGUUGUAGAACGAGUUGCUUGUACAUCAAAAAUAAAUUAUAUAGGCAUGUUUCGAAAUCCUUUGGUGACAUACUCGGCAAGAUGUUCUCAUAAGAUUAAUUUCACUGAUGAUAAAACACCAUGGAAUGUUAAAUUACAAGCUGAUAAACCGGCCGAUAGUAUUUUUACGGUGUGUGAAGAGAAAUACACUAAAAAGGUGUGGUCUGCAAUGAAUAAAAAAGCCAAAGAUGCUGAUAAUGAAAAAGACAUGUGUUAUGUAUUAAAGAAUGAAUUUUCGGCAAUUGAUAAUAAUUUGAAAUUUUUUGAAGAGGAUAAUAUGGAACCAGGAAAUAUUCGUUUUGAACAACCGCGGCGUUAUUUGGAUAGAGUAAAUUUAUUUGCUGAUCUAAGUGAUGAUGAAGAUCAUGACAUGGAGCAGAGUCAUCAAGAAAGUUUUUGCAAUGCCUCGACUACUACGACGACAACGACGGAAACAAAACUUAAAAUUUCCAAUUUUGAUUGUUGGCUUUUGAUUGGAAAAGCUCAGGAAUUAAAUGAGACACAGGCAAAUGAGCUAAAGCGUAGUUUGCCGUUGACAUUCUUUUGGCUAUUGGAAACUUGUGCGCUAACGAUAAGAGUUGAUUGGAGAGAAUUAUAUGAUGAGUUGAUGGUGUUGGAAACGUUUUUUGCAUAUGCCAUUGAACCUCUAGAAAAUUUUACAGAUAGAAUAAUUUUUACAAGUGGAUGUGAAAUUAGAGAAAAAAACAAGCUUGUUCGGCAUUUUCAGACUCAUUGGUAGUCAUUUGCUUAAAUUUUGGCAAGCUUAUUUGUAAAAAAUAAAAAAAGUUAGACGUCGGUAUUUUUAUGCCCGUCGUACACCUAGCGCUCAACGCAUUCAACGCAAAUUUGAAACCUUAAAUUCUAAUUGAUGGUGCUUUCAAUUAUAUUCUAACAACGAGUUUUAGACAGUUGGAUAUAGCUGCUAAACGAAUUAAUUAAAAAGUAUACGUAUAGUGGCAUCGUUUUUUAUAAUUAAUUUGUUAAAUUUGCGUUGAGUGCGUUGAACGCUAGGUGUACGACGGGCAUUAUAAUAUUGAAUAGAUUUUUUGUUAACAUAUAUUUUAAUAAAGAUUAUACUAAAUGGAGUCCAAUA